CAGCUACCUCGCGCGAUCUGGUUUUUGCCGUUUUAUUAUUUUCCUUGGCGGUCGAGCUCUCUGCUCUCUCCCCACACAGUUUUCUCCCGCUAGAUACCGCAACCAGAGUCAGAGACACCAGGCAGCUUGGUUUGCAUUUUGAGAUGGGGUUCGUGAAGGAGUUUGCGGAGAAUCUGAUCCUGAGGUUGAUGGAGGAUCCUCAAGAGAGGGACAAGAGGUUCAGGGAACAUGUGUACUCGAUGAAGGAUCGGUGCAAGAAAACGAAGGAGAUGUGGAGCUUGCCUCUCCGCCCUUAUGGGUUCUGGACGUUCGAUCGCCACAAUGCGCAGCUGUUUUGGGACCCUCAGAUCAGCCAGGUCCAAGGCCGCAGGGACCCUUAUGAUGAUGUUCUUCGCACACUCAAUGGUCAUCCUCCUCCCAAGUGACCUUUUCAUUCUCGCAGGAGCUUGACUGGUUGCUUGGACGAGCUUUUUUCACUUUGAAGGAAGACCGUCUGGUUGUGUGAUUGUCCGAGAACUCAUGAACUACUUGCCCAGUGUGUUUCCUGGUUCCGAAUACAUACUCGGGUUGAAAUAAUCGUCUAUGUAACUCUGUUUUGUGCAAUUUUCUUCUCCAGUUGAACAAUGGAAAUAUAAAUCAUGUCGUUUUGGAAUGACCUCAACCAGCAACGUGGUACACUGGCUACUGUUGCACUCUGUAGCCCACAGAUACAAUUAUUGAUGUCUUAUUGUGCUUCAUGUUACUUGUACUGGUUUUGCCUCUAGACUGGCACAGACCUGUGUAAGGUUGCGUUUCUGAUUUCAUAAAGUCGAGUACAGAAGUGGUAUUCCGUGUCCAGCACUAAUAUUGAAGGAUCACAGGAAAUUUACAAUCAAUUCGCUUACCCAAAAUGAUGGUUAGCUCUUAGCUGACGAUGAACAAGAGCCAUCACUGAUAGUAAGAGGAUGCUCAACUUGUGAACUUUGUCGACGUGAGAAGAUUGUAACAAAUCAGCAGAACUAAGAUUUUGAAUCAACUGAGGCGGAAGAUUUCAGACCACUCUGAAUUAAGCUUCAAACUGCAGCUCAAGCCAAACUACAAUGACGAACUUCGCCUUACAGUAUCACGAUUCACCCUACAAACCCCAAAGUACUGUUUUCAAAGCCACCUAACUGAAACAAACUGUACUUACACUAAACAAAUCUCUCUCGCAUUAUCAUUUCAUGCUAAAGCAGUCUUCCGAGAAAGCAUUUCAGAGGGUCUUACAGAUUUUUUCUACACACACAAGAGAACGAAACCUCUGUUUCACCAUCAUUGCCAACCACGUUUCAAACAUUUCCAAACACCCUAAUCCGAAUCCGAUGAAGAAGAUGAAUCUCCUUCCUUCUUAUGCUUAGUGCCUCCAUUUGCAUGCUCUUUCUUCACCUCGCCCUUCUCCCGCUGAAACUCCUUCUCGAUCUCAUCAACCGGCACCAAAGGGAAGUAACCAACCAGCGGGUAACCCUUCUGGCUCAAGCCCUUCACAGUCUCGUUAUACUUCUCCGACCACUGUGCUGCAGUCGGCAGAGUGGACUCCGCAAUCGAGUGGACAGAUGGAUACCUGUCGAGUAUGCAGUACACCUUCACAGAGUUGCUCACCACAACGUGCUUGGUCUCCGUCACUGUGUAACAGAAGGCGGCUUUGGGACCUUUGGUUCUGCCCUCAUUCACAAGUUUCUCAGCCUUCUCGGCUGCAGAGUGGAACAGGGACUGGGCUUGGCCAACUACCUUCUUUGCUACUGGUGGUGCGUGCUUGUCGAACUUGGCGGAAGCCUCGUCUACCUGUUGAAUCAAACAAAACCGAAUUCGAUCAACCUCCAUUCUCAACUAGGGAUAUUUGCUAAUGAGGUCCAUGACCUACUGAAAAUUCCAUCCAAUAUGAAGAUGAAUGCCUCAAGAUGUCAAAUGCAACAUUCCCAAAUCAAGCUAGAUUGAAAAUCAGAAUAUCAAGAGACUGAAAGUUUCUAUCAUUUAAGAGCGCUGUUCUGAGAUCAUUGUCAAUCUCGAAUCAGGAUUCCGUAACAAUCCUUGUAAAAGCUCUCUAAUUCAAGCUCUCCAAGCACUCCCCACAUUCCACACACAACAGAGAAAAUGGCACAAAUUCCUGAUGAGGUAACAAUCUAGGCUCAUGAUACAACGAAUAGCAAUUAAGAGCAGAAGACACGCACAGAAAGCCAUCCUUGAUCCUCCUAGCACGAACAGAACAAACAUCGUCAAAUCCUACUAAAACCUCUCUAGUUCAGUAAGAAACCAUAACAGUACAUAUUCCCGAUCAGAUUCACAAUUCCAUAAAUAGAAAUCCCCAAACGGAGGAGGAGGCCGGUGUGAUCUGAACAGAAAACAAGCGGUAGCGGAAAACCAAAAAGGAGAGUAGUCCGUCCGGCUUACCUUCCUGUCGAAGAAGACAAGGAGAUC